AUGGCGUCCUAUACGUCUGUUUCCACAGCAACCCAAAACUCGGCCAGUUGUACCUUGAAUCCCACUAAUGGGUUCAAUUCCAUGACUGGGCCGAGUGAACUGGUCUUAUAUCUAUGUAGAAACAGCUUCAAAUACCUGUACAAUACACUUAUUGAUAAUAGAUUUAACGAAAAAAUUUUAAAUCAGAUUUUAAAUGAUGAGUUUAUCAUUAAUAAUGCAGUUUCUCGUUUUUUGCAAUUUUUUACUACUAACUCUACACAAUUGGAUAAUUCUAAUUUAAAUAAAGCUGAUUCUAACGCAGAGAUUGGAAUUUUGAUAAAGAAUAAAAUACUGAAUGAACUAUUGAUUAGUAAUGAGUUCGGAGGAAGCGUUAGUGAAGUUGAAAAGUUGGAUAAUAUAUUAAAGGUGUACAAAUUGACCCUGUUCAAUAGGACUAAUUAUGUUGAGUUUGAUCGUAAUCUACCGUUGAGCUAUGAGAAGGAUAAGAGUUUGCUAAUUUUUGAUGACCCCAAGCUUAUUAAUGAGGUCAAGCAUGUGAUAAGGCACGAAAUUCUCUCAUACCUUGAAUGCCUUAACUUUAUGUUCAACUACACAUUGGAACAUGAUUGUAAGGUUAUAAAUAAUAUUGUAAGUAAUUUUGAGGAUUUCCGGAGUAAACUCUUUGGCAUAUAUAAUGAGUCACAGCAUUCUUCAGAUUUAGUGCGUUCAGCAUUGUUACUGAAUCUGAUCAACCUACAUUAUGUAUCAAAUGUAUACACUUCUAAUCACAUUGAUUUGUACCAGAAAAGAUUUGAAAUGGUCACAAAUACUAGUUCAAAUUCUGAAAAUUCCGCUAGUGGCAUUAGUAAAUCAUUACAAGAUGUUCUUUUGGCACUUUAUUCUUUUUUUGAUUCAACUUCCGGACGUAAUUUUGAUUCCUCAUUUAAGUUAACUUAUGAAAUUGAAAGUAUUGAAAGUUUCAAAAAUAGGAUUCAUUCGGUUAUAUUUGGUAUAAUAUCUGAUUACUCUAGAAGGGUUAAUACGAACAUCGUAAAUGUUAUUUUGCUUAAAGUUUUCGAGAAAGAAUGCAUGAAAUCCCCUAAAAAUGAUUUGGUAAACGUGAUUAAAUCCAAGCUAAAACGUCACAUAUCUUUUGGGAUAUUGAGUAGUAGAGAAGCAGGCGGUUACAUACCACUUUAUAUACUAAGAAACGAUUUCUUUAAAAGGUUACUUUCCGACGAUAUGGAUCUCAACAUUCACAUUAUUAACAAUUUUAUUCUUAAAAACUAUCCAAUCUCAUUACUUAGUGACUUGAUUAAUACACAUUUUAACUCGAUACAGCUGGGUCUGAAGUUUAACUACUGUAUUGAAAAGGGCACUUUAGGAGAUAAAGGGCUUAUAGAUAUAUACAAUAGUGUAUUAUUAUUGUUCAAGAAUGAUAGAGAACUGGAUUUUAUAACGUCAACCCUGUCAUCAGCUGUUUCUAAGUCUGAAUCCAUCGAUAAAGUAACGAAUUUAAUAAAUUUCCUAACUAAUAUGUUAAUUUUGAACAAAAAUUUCCUCAGAAAACUCAAACCUUUCACGGUGGAACUCAAAUUUAAUAUUUCUAACGUAGAGUUCGAUUCGCCAGAAUUAAUAUUACUCGAAAUAUUGCUCAAAUUGUAUACAAAUAACAGUGAUGUUGAUUUGAUAAACUGGAUUUUAAGAUUUUUUUACGCACGAUUUCUAACAAUUGAGUCUUUGGUGUUGAGAAUAUGUAAUACUUCACAGGUAGAUCGAGAUGGACAAAAAUUAAGUCAACGAGAGGUUAAUUUUGCAUUCAGGAAAAUAUUAUACGAAAUAAUUAUUCAUAUGAAGUUGGAUAACAGUAAUGUUGAGAUAUAUUUGGUAUUGCUAGACUCAUUUUAUAAACUUUGUAGUUCACUUGGUAAAGGGAAGAGUAAAUCUAAUUCGGGGUCUAAUUUGGAUAGAAUUGACCAAGAAGUGCUGACAAGGAUGUAUAGAUUUAUACUAAACAGCCAAAACCUUUCAAACCUACUCACUUUUAUCACAUUGGUCAGGACUAAUUGUAAUGAAUUGGCAACUGACUUCAUCAUGCUUCUCAUCAAUAACAGGAAUUAUGAUAACUUGGUCCAGACAUUGAGGUGUAACACGUUGUACAAUUUCGACACAAAUCAGUUAAUUGUAUACAACGCCUCAUCUAGGAGUAGGAAAUUGUUAAAUUCAUGGAAAAGCACUGUUCAAUUUGAUGAAACUAUAAAAAAUUGUCCAGUAGAAAUUUCGUUGAGAUUGUUCGACAUAGUUUUAGAAAUCACAUCUAAGGACGAAAAAAUGCUCUCAUUUUAUGUUAAAAAUUGUUUUAAAAGUCUGUUGGUAAGUGGAACACACUCAAAUCGUGAUCUACUUGACCUAUUCAAAUCAUUAAAAGUGCUAUCUAUAAACUAUCCUCAGGCCUUUAACGUCCUAGGGCUUUUGUAUGAGCUGUCUUACCGUUAUAACUACAACAGCAGUUUACUGAUCCUAUCCAGUGACAAUUUUAGAAACUUUUCUAGUACGGAUAAUACAUUGUUCAUUAACAAAAACCUCUCAGAUAAUAUGGAAUCAAGUAAUUUAGAAUUAAAAGGACUUAACAAGGAUUUAAUGAUGUAUUUGUUAAAUUUGAUCGUGGUUGCUGAUGGCGACUGUGACCUAACUUUAUACAAAUUAUUGAAGUAUUUGGUGUAUAAUACCUAUUUCGGCUUCAAAUACAAUAUUGUCAACAAUGAAAUAAUAGUAUCAUAUGAUAAGAUUGAGAAUGUAUCUGAAGUACCUGAAAACAUAAAUUUCAGUAACAUUGAGGAACUCUGUAAUAAUAUUUUAAUAAAAUUUAUUAAUGAUCAGAGCAGAAUAACAGUUAAUAAGCUAAAAACUUUGUAUAAUAUAUUGUCAAUAAUGUCUUCUCAGCAAGUAGUGACUGAAUACAUUAACUUGAUACUUAACAAGUUGAUAAAUUAUUGUAUUACAAGUUUUGAAGUGACAUCGGAUUCGGGAAUCAAUUCACUUUUAGAAGAUGAUUUUACUAAACUCAUGGUCAAAAUUGCACAACUGCUGGUCCAAAAGAUUUACAUUUUCGCAAUGAGCUAUUUUGAUAAGGUCAAUUUAGUAGGUUCCGUAAUACAAUUGGGGAAUUUUAUUGUUACAACAAAAUCUUCAGAUACAUUUACAUCUCAAUUAAAUAAAAUUAAUUUAAACCCACAAUUUAAUAAAACUAAUUUAAACCCUCAAUUUAAUAAAGAUAUUGAAAAUAUAAUGAGAAAAGUUUUAUCCUUGUAUUUCGUAUUAACAACGAAAGGCUCAGAAACGACAGAGGAUACUUUCACACUGUUCUGUCUGUACAAUUUAGUUAAAAUUAUAAAAUGUAGCCUGGUGUUAAACAUCAAUGAGUGGAGACUGUUGUUGUUAAGACUUUCAAUUAAUAAAUAUAAGGACAAACUGUACUUAAAGUACCUAUUUAAGUUAUAUAACAUACUUAAAGUUUCUCACAAUACAAGUGAUAAUAUGGAAGGUCAUACAAACAAUUUUAGUGGGCAAAAUACAAGAAAUAAUUUGGAAGGUCAACAAGAGGGAAGAAUAUUUGAAACAUGUAGUGUUUUGGAAGUAGAUAAGCUGGAGAAGGAGGUAAUAGACAACUAUCAUUCACAAGAGUUGAAUACGGAUAUGAUAAUUUUCUUAUAUAAUCUGUCGACGAAAAUAGGUGAAGAGUAUUUAAAUAAGGUUAUUGAUAAGGUUAUUGAACACAUAAAUAAGUUUAGUGACAUAGAAACUAUGGAUAAUGGAGAAAUAAAUCAAGAUGACACAAGCCAAGAUAGAGUAGUACUAAAAAAUAACUUUAUAAUGGUAAGAGAGGCGAAAAAUUUGGUAAAAUGUGAAAAUUUGAAGUUGUUUUACAUAUUCUACAACGAGUUUGAAAGGUUUGGAGAAAAAUGUUUCAAGGAGAUAAACAGGAUGGUAAACGAGGUAAUUUAUUACCUGACCAGUGAUAAGACGAUUAAAAAUAGUAAAUACUACAUCCACUUUUUUAAGUACCUGGUCAGAUUCAAGAACCAUAACCAAAUCUUAAAAGUGAUCAAUAACAUUGAUCAACUUAACUAUUACUUCUACCUGAUCUUCCUGUACUCACUUGCAAACACCGGUGAAAACAACGCAUUUGGUUGUGUCAAGUUGAUGACUAAUACGGAAAGGGCUAAAACGAGCGAUUUGGACAUACUAUUAAAAAAUGUGUUAUGCAACAGGGUAAAAUAUAUAGUAAACUACACUGGAGAAAGUGUUGUGCUGUAUAACGAACUGCUCCUGAUAAUGAACCUCGUUAUGCUAUGCAACGACGUGGAAAGUGUCGGAGUGGUUGUCGAGGAUCUGUAUAACUUCAUUUUGGGGAAAUCCUCUGACAAGGUCAUUUUCCUCAAAAUCGUGAACAAUUUCAUCAAUCUGCUUUUUAGAUUCUGGUUCGACAUUAAGACGCUGAAAAUGCAAGUAGUCACACUUAUUAAUGUUAGCAGUAUCUGGGCAGGAGCAUCAGGCGAAGUAGCUAAAAGUAUGGUAGAUGUAACUAGUGGUUAUUGUACGAAUAAUAUGUACAAUGGGCAUGAGUGCAAUGACCAUGGGAACCACUUAAAUACAAACAAUAAAGUAAAUGGAUUUAUCGCAAACGGUGUCGAGACUGUGAGGCAAGUAAACAAUAAUAAAGAGGGAGUGGAAUUCCCUACACAUUUCCCUGAAAUCGUCAGACCAGAAAGCCUGGGCUUAAAUUUAUACAACGUUUUCUUCAACUGGAAUGAGAAGAUCAAACUAUCUAACCUAGACAUGUUCCUACACCACUUUGAUGCAAUGUAUUCCGAAAAUACAGAUAACCAGGAACAAGAUAAGAUCAAAUUAUUGAAAAUCAUCAGUGAAAAAUUAAAGAUACUUAUAAACAAUAUUGUAUCAAAUAGACUUUUACACUCGCAAAAUUUUAUAAUGUUAUAUUGCCAUGACGAUGACGAUUUUUUCGAUAAACUUGAUCAGUUGCUAGGACCAGAGAGCAGUGUACCGCUGAUUCAGAUCGUAAAGCUCAUAAAUGUCGAUAUAAACGAGAUUCUGAUAAAUUAUAUAACAAACAAAAAAAAGUUCAUCUAUUCUUAUUUUGAUUUGUCAAUUUAUCAAUUUGAUAAUAACGAAAUUCUGCUGACGUAUGAGUGGAACGAGUUUAAGAGUAGACUGGUAAAGUAUGUGGAAGACAAGGAAAUUGUUAAGACGUUAUUAUCGAGCGAUUUGGUCGAUUUCACCAGGUUGUUGCUUGACAAUGUUAAUUUUCACGUCGUGUACAUCUUCGAUAACUAUAACGACAUCAUCCAGAAUAAACUCCUAAUCAACAUUUUAAAGCUUCACGAGUAUGUAUAUGACGGAAUCAACAAUGUCCUAAACCAGUUAACCAAUAAACUAAUUGUAGUUCUCAUAGGGAAGUAUGAAAUACCAAUCAAUUACCAGUACAACAUCCCUAUCAUAAAAUUAUACUACAAGUAUCCAAGCAAGUCAUUCCUGACUAAUUACAUUCACCAAUACUACAAUAAAAAGAUCAGCCUUGGUUUCAUCAAGUACAUUGUAAGCAUACUGUACAGUUACUACAACAACGAUAUCCACUCACUUCUCCUCUACACCAGUAUAUUGUAUAAGAUUUAUAAUACUAUACCGAACACGACGAGUGUGAGGAAUAAUAAGACUCUUGGAAUAAAGCUGACGAGUAAUCAGGAUCUUUACAACUCAAUUGACAAAUUCAUUCACAACAUUAUUGUUAAUUAUAAGACCAGAUUUAUUAGCCACAUAACAUCCGGGUAUCCAUAUUCCUGCACUGACUCAAGCAUAAAUGUGACUUCAAACGAUACAUCACAGCGUAGUUUAGAUGAAAAGUCUGACGCCGAUGAUGAAUGCUAUAUAGUUUCCAAUGGAAUUAGUAAAUCUAGCCUGGACCACUCACAAAACGGAACUAAUAAUACACUGAGUUCUGAUAAUUUGUUAAAGGGAAAUAAAAGUGAACUGAAUUUGUUGUGUAAGAUAAUAUUAAUUUCAAGUUAUAUAUCAUCGAUAUAUAACAUAAACGUCGUAAGUCAGUAUAAUAAAAGGUACAAACAAGUGACCUCUGUCAACAGUGUGUCGAGUAAUACUACCAGUCACACUUUUACCCUCAAGUAUCUCAUGGCAAUACUUCAACUCAUCCUCAUACUACUCGAUAUUAAAAUUAAAAUCACAAACCAGUUCAUACACAACAACCUCUUUUGGUUAAUAGAGGAAGGAUACAUAUAUAUUAUAAAUAGUAGUAAUAACAAUAAUAUAAGAAUUGAUAAAGGGAAAAGCGGGUUAAUAUUCAAUAAUAUAAUAAAGAAUGAAGCUGAAGGCUCAGUUAAUAGUAACAAGGAUGAAAGCAAUUUAAUACUUUUGAACGGUAACUUGAAGUUAUAUUUGAAUGUAAGUUUUACACAUUUUUACACUUUCCAGGUUUCAAACGAACAUAUCUUCCAACUUUUUAAGGAAGUUAAUUUUGAUCCUAAAAUGCUUAAUUUAUAA